AUGCAAAUUGAAGAAUCUUCGAAAAAAGUCAUGUGUGUAAGCCCGGGCAACUAUAACGUGCGCGUGGGUACCACCCUGAACAGCGAGGGUGGCUGGGAGGUGGAAAUCGCCGAGAUCAUCGUGCACGAGAAGUACCGCUCCCUCAUCUACGACUACGACGCGACCCUCCUCCGUCUCGAGGAGCCGCUGCAGUUUUCGGAAGUGGUCCAGCCGGUGACCCUGGCGGAGGAGGGCGAGGAGUUUUCGGCAGGCACGCCCGCCGUCGCCACCGGCUGGGGCACCAUGGUGGAGAAUGGCCUUACUGCCCUCAUCCUGCAGGAAGUGGAGUUGCCCCUCCUGGACAACGCCGCCUGCAAGAAGUACUACCCUCUGCGCAUCACCGCGCGCAUGCUCUGCGCUGGCUACGCGGAAGGAGGGCGCGACGCCUGCCAGGGAGACUCCGGCGGCCCGCUGGUAGUGAGCGGCGGCAGGCAGGUGGGCAUCGUGUCGUGGGGGCGUGGCUGCGCCCGCAGCGCCUCGCCCGGCGUCUACGCAAGGGUGGCAGCCCUGCGUGACUGGAUCGCCCAGAAGUCCGGCGUCUAA